CAUCACUUUUUGCUGUUGAGAUUUUAAUCCACAAUAACCAAAAAUGAAUAUUUUAACGUUAUUUCUAAUUAUUCCAUGCUUGAUUGCAAAAACAGAAUGUUGCAUGCGAAUGGUUCCGCCAGAUGAUGUAUAUAUUCCGAGCACAUUGGCUCCUGAAGAAAGUACAAAGAGCCCUGGAGAGAUCACAAUGGCUCCCGAGGAAAGUACAUUGGCUCCGGAAGAUACUACAUUGAUUGCCUCAGAGGAAAUUUCCAGCACAACUUCCAAUAUGGAGACUGAUACGACUGAGGAAAUGACAACACCGACAACUAUGACAACGGAGGAAACAACAACCCAGUCAGCACACGUUUGCCUCACUCGAACCAACUGUCCAGCUUUGUCCAGCCCUGUAAUCUGGAGCCAAAUGAUGACUGUUGAAGAGAACGGUUGCACUGAGUUUGUAUGUCCUGAAGAUUUUGUUCCAAGGGUAGUUUCUACUUUCAGUAGGAGUUCUAUAGAAACACCUCCCGGAUUUACCGAUUUUACUUCUUUUAUAAUUCAACCUCCAGAACCAUAUGACGCAGGAAUAAAUACAAUUGAUUAUUUUGGAAUCGUGUGUGACGGAAGCUUAGCGGUAUCCCAGUAUCCACGUGGAAUAAUGCCUUUAGGCGGAGAUGUCAUUGGCGAUGAUGGAUCUUUAGACGGACUAUAUAGUGUAGCGACUAUGAUUACUUGCGUCUGACCACACUUGUAUUGCUUAUCUGAUACAGAACAAGACUGAAAAUGUGAUUUUUUUUCUGAAUAAAAAUGCAGUCAAUUUAU